UGCCCUGAAGCUCAUGCUCAAACACAAGUUCGUCCACAUUCAUACCGCGUUCCUGGGGUCAUUCAUUAGGUAGCUGGCCGCGGAAGGAAUACGAUACGGAUCGCUGUAUUGCGCGACGCUUGGAUAGUGUUUUGACCGUCUUAUCACGACAUUCACGACAUACGAUACACGACAUACGGCAUACGACACACGGACGGGCUUUUUCGCAACGCACACGGCGAGGAUUGUCGCAAUGGACGGGCCCACGACACCGGGAGGCGGACACUACAGUCGGCCGCCAGCAUACGACGACGAGGAUGAUCGGUCGCCGCAGAUGCACGGGGGGCCCACGAUGCGCCUGUUGACUAAUGUCGACGACAGCUCGAGCUAUAUGGCACCCCCUUCCCGCUCAUACCAGCCGCAGGCAUCGGGCCUGAUGCGCACCCCCUCAGUGCUGGACACUGCCCCGAACAUGCCCCCGCCGUCAAACGACUCGUACGCCUACGCCUCGAUCCACCGCCCAUACUCGCCCGACCGGCCCGCGCCAGGCCGUCCCUAUUCGCCCACACGCACUUCGUACGACUACGCGCGCCCACCAGCCUCGGGGCACUACUACGAGCCUGUCGACCUGAACGGCAACCCGCGACCCGGCUCACCCACAUCACGCUACUAUGGCGACAGCAGGCCCGGGAGCCCAUCGCGCGUGCAGCCGCCGGCGCCACUGUUCUCUGGUGGUGCGCGACCCGUCACGCGCGACUCGGAAUACACAGCAGACAUGACGGACAUGACGUCGAUACACAUCCGCGACGACCACGACGACCAUGACCACGACGAUGACGACCCCUUCACAGAGUACAUGGACGACCGCCCGAGCAUCCACUCGCGCGACUCGUACGCCUCCGACGACACCUACACCGACAUCCACACGGCGCCGUCGGAAAAGGCAGAGCACUACGGACCCGCCCCCGACGGCGCGCAGACAAGACGCGGUGCGCGCGACGCCGUUAUGACGAAAAAAGAAGUCCGCCUGAUCAACGGUGAGCUCAUCCUGGAAUGCAAGAUCCCCACCAUCCUGUACAGUUUCCUCCCGCGACGCGACGAUAUUGAAUUCACACACAUGCGCUACACCGCUGUGACAUGCGACCCAGACGACUUUGUGGACCGCGGCUACAAGCUGCGCCAGAACAUUGGGAAUGCGCGCGAGACGGAGCUCUUCAUCUGCAUCACCAUGUACAACGAGAACGAGAUCGACUUUACGCGCACCAUGCACGGCGUCAUGCAGAAUAUUAGUCAUUUCUGCACACGCAUGAAGUCGAGGACGUGGGGUAAAGACGGGUGGCAGAAGAUUGUCGUCUGCAUUAUUUCAGAUGGUCGUGGGAAGGUGCAUCCUCGAACGCUGGAUGCGAUAGCGGCUAUGGGGUGCUUCCAGGAGGGUAUCGCGAAGAACCACGUCAACCAGAAGGAGGUCACGGCCCACGUCUACGAGUACACCACACAAGUCUCGCUCGACUCGGACUUGAAGUUCAAGGGCGCUGAGAAGGGGAUUGUUCCGUGCCAGAUGAUCUUCUGCUUGAAGGAGCGGAACUCGAAGAAACUCAACUCGCAUCGCUGGUACUUCAACGCUUUUGGCCGUGCCCUGAACCCAAAUAUCUGCAUUCUUCUCGAUGUCGGAACGAAGCCAGGGCCCAAGGCGCUGUAUCAUCUGUGGAAAGCAUUCGACACUGACUCUUCCGUUGCCGGUGCUGCAGGCGAGAUCAAAGCGGGCAAGGGUAAGGCCUGGCUCGGUCUUCUCAAUCCGCUUGUUGCGUCGCAGAACUUCGAGUACAAGAUGUCCAACAUCCUCGAUAAGCCUCUGGAAUCGGUCUUUGGUUAUAUUACGGUGCUGCCUGGUGCGCUGUCAGCGUAUCGAUACUACGCGCUGCAGAAUGAUGAGACGGGGCAUGGUCCGUUGAGCCAGUACUUCAAGGGAGAGACGCUUCACGGACAGGAUGCGGAUGUCUUUACCGCCAAUAUGUACUUGGCUGAAGAUCGUAUCUUGUGUUGGGAGCUGGUGGCGAAGCGCAACGAGCAGUGGGUGUUGAAGUAUGUCAAGGCCGCGACGGGUGAGACUGAUGUGCCGGACUCCGUUCCUGAGUUCAUCUCCCAGCGUCGUCGUUGGCUCAACGGUGCCUUCUUCGCUGCCGUCUACUCGCUACUCCACUUCAAGCAGAUCUGGUCAACCGACCACACCCUCAUGCGCAAGCUGCUCCUCCACGUCGAAUUCAUCUACCAGUUCGUGCAGCUGCUGUUCACCUUCUUCUCGCUCGCCAACUUCUACCUCACCUUCUACUUCGUCGCCGGUUCGCUCAGCGAUCCCGACCUCGACCCGUUCGGCCACAGCAUCGGAAAAUACAUCUUCUACAUCCUCCGCUACACAUGCGUGCUACUCAUCUGCCUGCAAUUCAUCCUCUCGAUGGGCAACCGGCCACAAGGCGCCAAGAAGAUGUUCCUCUGGAGCAUGAUCGGCUACGGCACAAUCAUGGCCUACACAACCUUCGCCUCAGUCUACAUCAUCGUCUACCAACUCAAACACUCCAGCGGCGCCGAACUCGGCAACAACGUCUUCACAAACCUCAUCGUUUCGACUCUCUCCACUAUCGGCCUCUACUUCCUCAUGUCCUUCAUGUACCUCGACCCCUGGCACAUGUUCACCUCCAGCGGCCAAUACUUCGCCCUCCUCCCCUCCUACAUCUGCACCCUACAAGUCUACGCCUUCUGCAACACACACGACAUCUCCUGGGGCACAAAAGGCGACAACGUAGCCAAAACCGAUCUCGGCGACGCAAAAGCAAAGUCCGGCUCAAACGUCGUCGAACUCGAAAUGCCCUCCGAGCAACUAGACAUCGACUCCGGCUACGACGAAGCUCUCCGCAACCUGCGCGAUCGCGUAGAAGUCCCCGAGCCCCCGCUCAGCGAAUCCCAGCAACAGGAGGAUUACUACCGCGCGGUCCGCACGUAUAUGGUUAUUAUCUGGCUGGUUAGCAAUGCUGUGCUGGCUAUGUCUAUUAGUGAGGCGUAUGGGAAUAAGAAGGUUACGCAUAAUUUUUAUCUUACAUUCAUCUUGUGGGCGGUGGCCGGGUUGGCGCUGUUCCGCGCUAUUGGCAGUAUGACGUUCCUUGCGCUCAACGCGGUGCAGAAUGUUAUGGAGACGAAACUUAAGUGGGAGGAUAGGAUGGAGGAUAAGAAGAGUAAGACUGGGCUUGGGGGCGGGCUGGGGAGGAAGCGCUUCGGGAGGAAGUGGUGGAAGUUUGGGUUUGGGGGGGGGAGUGGGGUUAGUAGCUGGAUGAGUGGGAGUACGGUUAAGAGUAAGAUUAGUAGUUUGGCGCCGAGUAGUUGGGGGGGGAGCAGUGUGGGGCGGUAA